AUGACAUGCCCUCGCAAUGUGACUCCGAACUCGUACGCGGAGCCCUUGGCCGCGCCGGGCGGCGGCGAGCGCUAUAGCCGGAGCGCAGGCAUGUACAUGCAAUCCGCGAGUGACUUCAACUGCGGGGUGAUGCGGGGCUGCGGGCUGGCGCCCUCCCUCGCCAAGAGAGACGAGGGGAGCACUCCCAACCUGGCCCUCAACACCUACCCGUCCUACCUCUCGCAGCUGGACUCCUGGGGCGACCCCAAAGCCGCUUACCGCUUGGAACAACCUGUUGGCAGGCCGCUGUCCUCCUGCUCCUACCCACCUAGUGUCAAGGAGGAGAAUGUCUGCUGCAUGUACAGCGCCGAGAAGCGGGCCAAAAGUGGCCCCGAGGCAGCUCUCUAUUCCCACCCCUUGCAGGAGUCCUGUCUCGGGGAGCACGAGGUGCCCGUGCCCAGCUACUACCGCUCCAGCCCCGGCUACUCGGCGCUCGACAAGCCGCCCCACUGCGCCGGGGCCAACGACUUCGAAGCCCCCUUCGAGCCCCGCUCUAGUCUCAACCCGCGCGCCGAACAUCUGGAGUCGCCCCAGCUCGGGGGCAAAGUGAGUUUCCCUGAGACCCCGAAGUCUGACAGCCAGACCCCCAGCCCCAGUGAGAUCAAGACCGAGCAGAGCCUGGCGGGCCUCAAAGGCAGCCCCUUGGAGAGCGAAAAGGAGCGGCCCAAAGCCGCCGCCGACUCCAGCCCAGACACCUCGGAGAAUGAAGCAAAAGAGGAGAUAAAGGCAGAAAACACCACAGGAAAUUGGCUGACAGCAAAGAGCGGAAGGAAGAAGAGGUGCCCCUAUACUAAACACCAGACGCUGGAAUUGGAGAAAGAAUUUCUGUUCAAUAUGUAUUUGACGCGAGAGCGCCGCCUGGAGAUUAGCAAGACCAUUAACCUUACAGACAGACAAGUCAAAAUCUGGUUUCAAAAUCGCAGAAUGAAACUCAAGAAAAUGAACCGAGAGAAUCGGAUCCGGGAACUGACCUCCAAUUUUAAUUUCACCUGA